AAUUCAUUCAAAGGCUAAAGUGCAUACAAACGAGUUUUGAUCCCCCCCUCCUGAGCGCGCCAUCACCAUAACGAUCAUCAAUUCUAAUACAAACAAAAACCCAUUUCUGUCUCAUCAAGAGCAUCCUCACAUUCGUUUAUCAAUCACGACAUUCAGCAAAUUUAGCCUUCUCUGAAGGUUAUUGCGACCUUCAUCCGACAUAAAACAAAAAACAUCACCUCAAACCCAUCCAAAAACAACAACAUCAUCAUGAAGCGCUUCUCCGAACGAUUCUUCAAUCCUCGCCCUGCUCCCGUUCCAGAAGAAUCAAAUGCAAACGAACAGUACGGUAUCGCAUACAGUGAAGGUGAGCGUCCAGAACAAGGCGGUCCACCACAAUUACACUUAGAAGGUAUCCACAAUGAUAAUCAUAACCUUCACACGAGCGAAAAAGACCAUGGACGUGGUGCAGUUCAAAGUGAAGUCAUGCCAGGCGGUGAUGAUUUACAAAAACAAAAAGAACAACCUCAAUUCCCUAACGAAAAACAACAAGAAUACGGACAACAACGUCCUCUAUCAAUGGCCAACCAUACCUCACGCAAUCGAUUACCAACAUUGGCAGAAGUGUUGGCCCGUAGAACAUUGCCUCCGGUUGAUCUGUAUUGUUAUUAUUUGUUCAUGCAACGUGAAGGAUCAGAGGAUGCUUUAGAUUUCUGGCUUGAUGUUCAACAACAUGAAAACUUGUGCAGAGCAUACUUCCGCGAUAUACGUAAAACAGGAAAGAACAUUCAAGAUGAUUGGCCAGGAUAUUACCGCGAAGCACGUUCUCGCGGAUCCAUUUAUAGUCCUGUCACUGGAAUUCAGCAAGAAACCAUGCCUGCUGACGAAAAAAUGCAAGAAUCUCAUUUGGAAAGUGAUAGCAUGAGAGGAGGAUAUGGAAGGGAUUCAGACGGUGAAUGGCGUUUGCCCGCUCCGAAUCAACCUAGAUUCCCGGGUGAUCCCGAUUAUCAAUCAGCAAGACAAUCAAGCUCUGAGCGUGCAGAAAGGAAACAUUCCCUUUUCAAGCGUAGCUCAAUGGCACCAACUGUGAUCUCUCGAUCUGUAGCAAUCACUCGUGCAGAUCUAGUUGCCAGUGCUGAACGUAUCUAUGCUCGCUACUUGUUACCUGGAAGUGAAAAGGAGAUCUACCUACCACCGCAAUUGCGCAUUAACAGUUUCCCAUUGUCCAGUUCUACCAUUCCUGAUACGGAUGAUGUUGAGCAACAAGCUGCACUUGCAAGAGUGCCCGAUAUGUUCCAUGCACAAAAAGAAUACGUCUUCCGUACAAUGGAAGCCGAUGUUUUCCCUCGCUUCUUGCGUGCAAAGGCAUUUGGAAAUCUAACGCCAGUCUCUGCAUUGACCAGACUUACAUUAGGUUUGCUUGCUUUAUGGGCAGGUUUGGCAACCGGAUUCGCAUUUAUCUUUUUGGACGUUUACAGACGGAAGAGAUUGUGGGUUAUUUUACCAUUCUCGAUUGCCAUUCUUUUGAUUGUUUCACAUCAAUACGAAUUAGAUCCAAUCUUGGCAUUAGCACAACAAUCCGAAACGACACCAUUCCAUCUGAUCACAGUACGAGAGAAAUACGUCCGCAAGUUACUUCUACAACGUGCUUUAGGUGUCUUUUUCCUGGUUAUUCUUAUUACUGCAGCUUUGACUGUUUUAUUCGUUUUCGUUCCUGGUCAUCGUCUUUGAUGGAUCAGUGAAUGUUUGUUCAUAUAUACAUACCCAUUCUUCUCUUUUUUUUUCUUAUAUCUUUUUUGUACUAUUUUUAUAACUUGUUUGAUCUGUCUAAAAAUGUCACUCGCUACAAUA